UAUGGCGGCUGUCGCUGCAACAGCCGAUAUGACGAUUCAAAAGAAUUCUCAGAUUCUAGUGAACGUGGAAGAAGCGCUUGAAGAUUUAAUUGUUGUAUCAUAUAGUAGUGAAGAUAAAAAAUUUCAAGGUGUACUUCUUGACUCUAAUAAGAGUAAUUUACCAUUUGGUGUAUAUAGUCUUCACCCAGCUUUUACAAAGCAAGUCGAAAAUGUCGAGAACAAAGACGACAAACUACAUUCCGUUAGUCAAAGGUUUACUUAUCAAGAACCUCAGUACGCAACUGAAGAUGUGCAAAAAUCUAAAAAACCAAACGCAAAGUCGAAAUCUCAGCCUAGACAAAAGAUGACAGUCCGCUUAAGACCAAGAAAGGUAUUGUGUUCAAAUUGCCAAGGGAUUUGCAAUGAAAAUAGUGAAAAUGUAGACGUGUCCAAGAAGCGGAAAUUAGAUUCGGAUGACGAUUCGCCCAAGGAUGGUUCUGAGUCAUCGAAAUUAGAAAAAAAAUAUCUGAUGGGUAGCAUGCUUAUACCCAAACUAUCCAGGUUACAACCAAAUGAAAUAACGAGUGCUAUAAAAACAAAAAAUAUCUCAAAACCUGGUGAGAAAAAUAGACAUGUAAAAAAUGUGAAAUCUGGUGAUGAAAGUGACCAAACAACUAGAGAGUUGGCUUUCGUUAGUGUUUCUGAUAACAGUGAUAUGUGUGAUAAAGAAGAUGGUAAAGAUAGUGAUAAUUCAUUUAGUAACUUAUUUUCGAAUGCCAGGACACUUAAAAUUAGUUUUGGUGAAGGUGAGGGAACUGUUGUAAAAAUACCUCCAUUAGGUGGUGAUUUUAAUGAAGAUUCUGGUGUUUCCUGUGAUAUGUCUAAGCCGUCUAAACCAGAUUCAAAGGCUGUAAAAAAAGCACUUAAAAAAGCUAAAAAACAAGCAAAGAAAAAUAGUGAUUCUGUAAAAGCAGUUGAUCUAUGGAUAGAACAAUCCCCAAAACACAUUGGGGCAUUGUCACCACGCAACAAUGUUUCGAAUAGUCCACCUUUAGACCCAUUAGAAAAGAAACACAAGCAUAAAGUUAAACACAAAAAAAAACAUAAAGUACAGAAAAAACGUGAUGAGAACUCAAGCAAAUGUGACGAUGACUCUAUGGACUACUUCAGUAACAUUAAGGAUUGUCUGAAUCAGAAGUUGUCCAUCAGUUUGCGUAGAUUAAGCAGUAAUUCUUAUGAACGUAGAGAUGAUGAUGUGUCAGAUGAUGGGGAAAGUGAAACUGUGCCAGACUUUCCUGCUAACAGCACAGAGGGUGUCGGUGGACAAUUAUUACGUGUAUCUCCUGGUGAUAUUGUCUGGGGUAAAGUUGUUGGAUUUCCAUGGUGGCCAGGGAGGGUACUGAGUGUCACCCCAACAGCUCGAGCUCAUGUAGCUUGGUAUGCUUCAACAACAUCAUCCCUGAUGCCAUGUGAUAGCCUAAGUCCAUUCCUAGAAGAUUAUAAGAUAAGAUUCAACAAAAAGAAAAGGGGUCCAUAUAAAGAGGCCGUAAAGCAAGCAACUAUUGAAGCAAGGCAAAUUGAAUCUCACGUAGAUCCACUAGCGAGUCCGACUCAGGCUAACCUUGCAACCGCUUCACCGCGACCUAUUGAUGUGUUCUCAUAAUUGUGAUUAAGGUAUACUGCCGAAUUUAAAAAAUAAUGUGAUAUUCUGUCUGCACAAACUCAUUGACCAUUAGUUGUAAGUUAAAGGUUAACUGUUGACAUUAAGUGUAACAAUUUAAAAUUAGUGGUGCAAGUUUGACGUCGUUCAACAAUAUUGGUACUGAUUCUAGUGCACACAAUCUUCAACCUUCUUUAACAUACCAUAAUAAUCUCUCUAUUCUUUUUAAUUCCAUAUAUUAGAAAGAUAGAGCAAUAUUUGUAUUGGCGUCAAUUUAGUAACAAUAAUAUCACCACUAUUGUUUAUUUUAAUUUGAUUGGUGGUUAAUAUUUUUGUACAAAAUCAUGUUUAAGUUUCUCAUACAUAUGCGAUGUAUUGUCUACUGUAUUUGGCAGCUCGGAAUUUUAUAAAAUAGAAUAUUAUUAUAAAAUUUAUGAAGUAGGUUUGAUUUUUUUUUUAAAUCAAUGUGCAAUACCUUCAUUUGAAAUAAAAACUGCCCUUUAAGACUUAAUUAUUAAUAUUAUAAUAAUAAUAAGAACUGCUGAUUUACUUUUAAUUUUACUGUUUAUUGCAUAUACAAGUUAUAUUGGUGUUGUUCAAGUGAUAACUCCUAAAAUAAUUUGGCAGGACUAAAAGUAUUGUUAUGUCGUCAUUCCUACAUGUGUGCGAUGAAAAGACAUAAUAAAUCUUUCUUUCCUGUCAAAUUAAUUUAGGUAUUAAGUAUGUACAACAGAAUUAUCAUUGUUGCUGUUAGUGUAAAAGAUCAUAUGUAUAAAUACAUAGUUAAAUGUUAUAUUAAUAUAUUUUGUCCCUCCACUAUCUCUAUGGUAACUAAUGAUUAAUGUAACUUCUAUAACCAUGAUGUAAGACUUCCUCUGGGUAGUAGUGCUUCGUGGAAGUCCUUCUAGGUAGUACCACAUAUUCACGUUAGGUCAGUGGGGCUAUUACGGUUAGAGCAUAGCAACUGUUGCUAUCAAAUAUUUGUUGUGAAUUGAUAAAUGUUACAAUCGAUAAAUACGUAUUAUGGAGCAUAAUAUGCUAGUGCAUAGUUCGAUAAUACUGAUAUUUGAUUUGUAAUCAAUCCGCACAAAUAUUCGAUAGCAACAGGUCACAUCUACUGCCAAACAGCAUCAUGACUUUAGGUUGUGAGCAUUAUUGUUACCCGGUUGAAAGAUGAAUGAGUCAGUGUGAUAAGAGAUAAUUAAUAUAUCUUCAAUUGUCAAUGUCUAUGGGCGUUGGAAAUCACUUACCAUCAAAUGGCGCAUUUGCCAGUCUACAUACCUAUAUUAAAUAUUUAAAAAAAAUAACCUAUAUUGUAUAUAUGGACUUUUGUACUAACAGUUAUGCAUUGUAGCUUUAUUUGAGUUCAACUCAUUGAAAGUUUAAUUUUUUUGCCAGAGUUAUUACAAAGCAUAUAUUACUUUUGAUAUUUUAAACAUGUUUAGUUUGUUAUUUUACAUUGAUAUUUAUUUUAUCUGUUUUAUAUUAUAUUAUCUAUGUACCUAUCACAGAUAAUGUUAUUUUUGUAUAUUAAUUUUUAGAUUAAAUAAAAUGUGUUAUUGCCAUUCCUUUGUCAUGGUUUUGAAUUGAAAAAAUAUCGGAAAAAAAAUUGUUUGAAUUAAUUCUUUU